AUGCUCUCUCUCGCGCACUCUCUUGCGCAUUCCCUCGGUCACGCGCUCUUUCUCGCGCACUCCCACGCGCCUCUUACGCGCACUCCCACGCGCUCUCUUACUCGCUCCCUCACGCGCUCUCUCACGCGCUCUCUCACGCGCUCUCUCACGCGCACUCUCACGCGCACUCGCUCUCUCACGCGCUCUCUCACGCUCUCUCUCACGCGCUCCCUCACGCGUUCUCUCACAUGCAAUCUCUUACGCGGUCCUUCACGCGCUCUCUCACGCUCUCUCACGCACUCUCUCACGCACUCUCUCACGCGCUCUCUGACUCGUGCUCUCUCACGCGCUCUCUCACGCGCUCUCUCUCGCGCACUCUCUUGCGCAUUCCCUCGCUCUCUCACGCGCUCUCUCACGCGCACUCUCACGCGCACUCGCUCUCUCACGCGCUCCCUCACGCGCUCUCUCACGUGCUCUUUGAUGCAAUCUCUUACGCGGUCCUUCACGCGCUCUCUCACGCUCUCUCACGCACUCUCUCACGCGCUCUCUGACACGUGCUCUCUCACGCGCUCUCUCACGCGUUCUCUCACGCGCACUCUCACGCGCACUCGCUCUCUCACGCGCUCUCUCACGCACUCUCUCAUGCACUCUCACGCGCUCUCUGACACGUGCUCUCUCACGCGCUCUCUCACGCGCUCUCUCACGCGCUCUCUCACGCGCACUCUCACGCGCACUCGCUCUCUCACGCGCUCCCUCACGCCCUCUCUCACACACUCUCUCACGCGCUCCCUCACGCGCUCUCUCACGCGCACUCUCACGCGCACUCUCACGCGCUCUCACGCGCUUGCGCUCUCUCACUCGCACUCUCACGCGCACUCUCACGCACACUCUCACGCGCACUUUCACACGCACUCUCACGCGCUCUCCCACGCCCCCUCACGCGCUCUCUCACGCACUCUCUCACGCUCUAUCUCACACACUCUCUCACGCGCUCUCUCACGUGCUCCCUCACGCACUCUCUCACGCGCUCUCGCAUGUGCACUCUCACGCGCUCUCUCACAUGCUCUCUCACGCAAUCUCUCAUGCGCUCUCUCACGGGCUCUCACGCAUUCCGUCGCACUCCCUCUCGCACACUCUCUUGCGCAUUCUCUCUCUCACGCGCUCUCUCAUGCACUCUCUCGCACACUCUCACGCGCUCUCUCACGUGCUCUUGAAUGCAAUCUUUUACGCGGUCCUUCACGCGCUCUCUCACGCGCUCUCUCAUGCACUCUCUCACGCACUCUCUCACUCACUCUCUGA